CUAAUUAGAGAGCGUGUUCCAAGCUCUGAUAGAACACAGGCAUGAGCAUCACCUGUAUAAACGGUAGCACUUCCUGAAGGUGAUAGACUGCUGCAUCUGAAUAUUGUGCUUCUGCUAAAUUGAUGAAGGAAGCACGAUCAGUGACAAUUCACUUCAUUCUGAAUGACUUAUAGAUUUGCAUUUGUGAAGGUAUAAGGAGAAAGGCUUGGUGAAAUUCAUUGGCCUGCGGUGAUUCCAUUGCUGAGACUAUUGCUUUUUGCCCAGAGCUGUCAUUCAGAUGGAAGUAGUGGUACAUUAUAGGCCUAAUCACGACUGUUCUUCUGAUGUACUAAAGAUAGCAGGAAAAUUGUUAGAAGACUUGCCACAAAAAAUUUCACAAAGAUUCAUACCAUGGUUUCCAAAUCAUAUGAAAAGUUUACCAAUGAAACCGCAGAAAUGUCCACCUACUAUUUCAUAUGAAGAAGCACAAAGAAUUAAAAAGUACUUGGUUGAUGUGGAAUUCAAAGCAGAAAGACAAAAUUAUGAUUGCACAGAGGAUCUUCUGGAAUUCUCCGUAAACCUGCAAAUGAAAGAUCAUCUUACUCAGGUAGCUGCUGCAGAAUUUGUUCCUGAAAUGACUGAUUUACUGUGUGGAGUUACAAAUGAGGAAUAUAAAUCAGAAAGGUCAUGGAGUGUUACGAGAUACAGCAGAAUGAAAGGAUCAAACAUUUUGGCAGUUAGCCGAAGACUUCAAAUAAUUAAGGAAAAGUUCCAGCUACAUUCUUUUCAAAGGGCAAAGUGGGUUAUUGAUCAAUCCAAUUGCAUUGCUCAGCAACUGGAAGAGAUCUGGGCUAAACUGAGUAGUGUUAUCCAACAUGGUGAUCUUCCUGGUUGCAAUGCCAAAAUACAUAGACAUCUUGGUCAAAUAUGGGUUUUCUGUGAUCUAAUGUGCUGUGAAUAUGUUGGUAAUUUUAUUAAACAAGUAUUAAAUCUUGCAGGUAAAAUCAGUUUACUUGUACAUCGACAUGGUUUAAUUUAUAACUUGUAGGUAUGAAUAAUGUUAUUUCAGAACUAAAAUGUCAUUAAUAUGUAUGAAU